AGGCGAAAUGGAGGUUAAAAUAGAGGAAACCGAUUGGGACGAGGGUGUUCCAGGAAUUUCAUUUUUAAAAGACGCGUUUUCUCGAGAAGAGAUUUCUCCACCAAAAGACGAUAAAAAUCGAAAAAAGGAAGAAGUUCGAAUGAAAUUGGAAAGCGGAGAAUAUAGCGUGGUGUAUCGAUGCCCGACAUUCGACGAAAUUUUGAACGAAAACGGACAAAAAAUCGAUCUCGUUCAAUGUAAAAACUGUUUUGGUUUUCUAAGCGCACGAACAGGAGGCCACAUGAAAAACCAUAAAAACCAACGUUGUAAGCCGUUAAAUGGUCCACCAGAAAAGAAACCGAAGCUUGAUCCACAAGUAGUUGGUAAUCUCCAGAAUCAUAUUCUUGAUUUCGUCACUGAAAGCGGCGUCUCCUUGAAUAUUGCCGAAUCGGAAAAGUUUAGAAUAUUCAUCAUUUCAAUGAUAAUUACUGGAAACCCGAAUGUUAACGUUGACGAACAUCAAUUUCUUUCUGGCGAAUGGAUCAGGAAAACUAUGAAAGAAAAAUCCUGUCAAUAUCUUGAUAAUAUUGGAGCCGAGCUGAAAGAUCCUGUAUCGAAAGGAGAUGCAUGCUUAAUAUUAGACUAUGGCCGACAGCUGGACGAUACUUUUUCGAUUUUUGUGUCAUAUACUAAUAGAUCGAGCGGAUAUUUCAGUUUACGUGUGAUUCCUCUCGCAUUCACGCCUCUUUUUGAAAAGAAGAUAACCGAAAAGACACUGGAUUACAUUCUUCAUGCGACAGAUCGUGUUGGUCUCCCAAAAGAACAUGUUCUGAAGUUGAAAGUUGUCGCUGAAGGUGCCACGAAUAUGCUGAAACUUGGGGAAUAUUUCGAUAAUUGUAACUUAUUCACCGUAUGCCUAUCAUUCUCUUCAAAAAUGUGCAGAAAGAGUUUUCGAUCCACUGAAACCGUGGAAAAGUUCGAUAACUUCAUCAGAAAAAUCACAUGCGAAAGUGAUCGAAAAAGGAAUAGAAAUCUGUGGAAUGAUUUCCUCCAAACUCCGGCUUUACAAAGUUUGAUAAAUAUAUAUGUUCUUUCACUGAUUCUACUAUGUUUUCAGCUCACGGAGCAACUCUCGAGAACGCCUGCCCAAUCCCGUGCAAAUGAAUGGCUGGCUUCUUAUCACUGCGCGAGAGAUAUUUUACAUGUCUUUCCACAAAUUGCAGAUCUGAAGGACGAUCGAAUCGAACCUCUUGUCGACGAAUUGAGACAAUGUAAAGGUGUUUUGGAGGAUUGUUUUGAGAUUUUCUCAUUGUUCGAGAAUCCUCUCAAGUUGUUGGAACAACCCGAACAACAAAUUCAGAACGUGGCUGGGGUGAUGUUCGAACUUUAUGCUCAAUUAGAUAGAAUAUACAUCAAAGCAGUGGAUCCAAAGCAACCAAAAGAGUGUUUGGCGGCAGUUGCAAAAAUGGCUAAACUAUCGAUUGCUCAUUACACUAAAAUCACUGUCACCGACGUUCAUCUCAUCUGCGCGUUUCUUUCGCCGGAUAGUAAAAAUUUGAAAAACUUUCCGGCUCCAAAAAAAAAUAAGGCUUAUCGUAUAGUAAACACCCUUAUGAAAGAUGUCGUUGUUCCACCACCAUCACUUUCUCAACCAAUACUUUCUCCAUUGCUAAUGGCGAUUAAAAACGAUCCUUCUCCAAUUCCAACUGUUUCACAAGAGUUUAAUGACUACGUCCAGCUCGUCGUCUCAUCGAAAGAUGCUACACUAGCGCCGUUAGAAUUUUGGGCAAAGUAUCAGGAACGUUUUCCGAGGAUGUCAGAGAUUGCAGCCAAAAAUUUUUGUGUGAUGAGCAGUCCGGGUGUCUGCGGGCCUUCAUUUAUUGUUUUAAGAAGUCUUUUCCGAGUCGAUCGACAUUCAAAGUUUCCCGAUACAACCGAGUUGAUGAUGAUCUCAUAUCUCAUGGCAAAUGAAUUAAAAUAAUUCGAUGCUUUAAUUUUAAUGUUGAAACAUAUACUUAUUCGAUUUCAACUGACAUUUUUCUUAUUGAAAUUAAAUAUUUUAAUAAAUGAGUUUAAUACUUUA